AUGUCGGGGGACAUAAUAAACGUAUUUCCCUCCAGAAUGGCUCAAGCCACCAUGAAGGCACAUUUACAGGGGGCUCAGCUUGGCCACAGUCUUCUCAAAAAGAAAUCCGAUGCCUUAACUAUUCGUUUUCGUAGCAUUUUAAACAAAAUCAUUGACGCAAAGCAGUCGAUGGGCGAGGUUAUACGUGAAGCCAACUUCUCUUUGGCCGCAGUGAAAUUCGCGUCCACGGCACACGUAAACCAACUCGUAAUGCAGAACGUGACUAAGGCCCAAGUCAAAGUUAAAAUAACCAAAGAAAAUGUGGCCGGGGUUAAUCUGCCUCAAUUCGAAACAUUCACUGAAGGGUCUGAUAAUUACGAGUUGACGGGCUUGUCAGGAGGUGGUCAGCAAAUUGACAAGCUCAAGAAGGCCUACGGAAAAGCGGUAAAGCUAUUGGUCGAAUUGGCUUCUCUACAAACCUCAUUCGUCACCUUGGAUAAGGUGAUCAAGGUCACUAAUCGCCGUGUUAACGCCAUCGAACACGUUAUCAUUCCUCGAUUCGAAAGGACAAUUAUGCAUAUUGUCCAGGAGUUGGAUGAGCGUGAACGAGAAGAGUUCUUCAGACUGAAAAAGGUGCAGGAUCGGAAGAAGCGCCUCAAAGCGGAGCACGAGGAGGAGUUGAGGAGGACCGCACUAGACUCCUCCGCCGUUGUGGCCCAGCACGAAGUUCGGAACCUCCUUGUCGACGACGAAGCGGACCAGAUCCUCUUUUGA